CGCAGCGCGAACAAUGUUUAACGGACCGAUUCGAGGCGGCUGUCGCGGCGGCAAAGACCAGUUCAAAUGGGACGACAUUAAGAAUGCCAAAGACAAGGAAGCUUAUCUCGGCAAUUCGCUGAUGGCGCCGUCGGGUCGCUGGGCCAAGAACCGCGAUUUCAACUGGUACACGAAGGCAGGCACGGCAGCUGCGCCUGGGUCUGCAGAGGCAUCUGCGGCUGCACGCGAGGAGAUUGCGCGCAUCAAGGCACAGGAGGCCGAGGCGCUGGCGAGCGUCCUUGGCAUCAAGACAGUCAUUCCGGAGGGAAAGUCCAUUCUGGACGUCAUUGCAAUGCAUGCACCCGUGGUUGCGCCUGCACCACCAAGCACAAAAACCGACAAAAACGGUGCUCACAGCAAGUCAAAAUCCAGCCGACGCCGCUCGCGUUCGCCAUCCCGAUCGCCCCGACGGAGCGAUUCUCAUCAAAGCUCGCAUCAUCAUCAUCAUCAUCAUCAUCAUCGCCGCUCGUCGCGAUCUCGGUCUCCUCCGCGGCACCGCUCCAGGUCCCCCGAACGUCGUCACCGCUCCUCGUCACAUCGCUCACGGUCGCGGUCACCGUCUCCACGACGCAGACGCCGCUCACGAUCGCGCUCUCCAACAAGGCGCGAGCAUCGCCAUUCCCACCACGACAAACAUGCGUCCCGUGAUGGGCCGCGGCCACCAUCGUCCGACCGAAAUGACGAUCGCUCUCGGAAUCGCUCACGCACUCCAUCCCCAGCAAGGCGGUAACCUGCGUGGCUUUGCUUGUUUUGUACAACAUUAUUGUCUGAAUAAUCAAUCCCUUGUGGAAAUUUGCC